CAUCGAUGUUACUUCCGAAUGCUCGUGAGGCAGUUUCCGAGUUCCAUCACCUCAAGCAUAUCGUGUUUGUCGAAGAAGGCGAAUUCUUCGAUCCCGAAUGGAAGCUGAUAGAAGAUAAUGCCAUAGCAGACUCGUCGAAUAUCUGAUUUCCUCGAGAACAGUAAGUUAAUUGAAUCACUACUACCACCAGGCUAUCCAUCAGUCACGAACGGACCCCCUCGGAGUACUAAUCAAUAAGUACUUAACUCCGAGCUCUCUUACUUCUUUUUGAAAUUGUUCAUCAUGUUACAUCUAAGCAACAUGUUUUCGUCACAUUAUCCAACACAUGAGCUGCAACAUGUCCGUCAGGCUGGCAGCGAACCAGAGAACUUCUUCACUCUAUUUCGACACCUACCAACAGAACUUCAGAUCACCAUCUUCGAGCUUAGCAUGCCUGGACCUCGGAUCGUCGAUUUCAGACACCUCGCAUGGGCUGACGACAACGAAAACUGGUCUUUCUGCAAACACUACGAAAGGCUGAGACCACGACUAGGUAUACCACCUCUCCUUCAUACCUGUCGACUUUCAAGAGAAAUAGCCUUGAAAUCCUAUAGUCUCUUCCAGAGUGAGGACGGAACAUUGCCGUUCGGAUAUUUCAACUUCGAGCUGGACACCCUCAGCCUGACGCAGCGGUCAAUGAGUGAUCCGCAGGACCUCGACUGGAACAUUGUUCUCGAAGCAUUUGGUAAGCUUGUCAAGGAAGAAGACAGGAGAAAGAUUAGACGGCUGCAAGCGCGGUUAUACCCGUUUUCAACAGCGACAUCCUUGACGGAAGGUAUACUUUCCACGUUUCCCGACUUGAAGAUAAUCACUGUUCGUUUCGAUAGAGUACGUCCUUUCAUCGUUGAAGAAGGGUCUAUGAAUCCUUUAGCGGUAUGCUGGACCCCUAUAAAGCCGAGAAGUGCAGAUGGCGUUCGGAAGGGGUGGAAGAUUGAAUGCUUGCUCAUGCCUGAAUGAUGGCUUUUGUCGAUAUGAAUCCUUCAGCGUGAGCUUUUCCAGCUGGUCUUAUCGUGGGAUGGAUGGACUCAUUGAUCUACUCAAUCAAGAGUCGUUGCUUUCCAAAUGUUUCAUUUGAUUUCGAGUUGCCCCCUUCGAUUCACGCGCUGUGUAGAUACAUUGCUUGCUCCAUCAAUACCAGCCCUUCUCUUGGUAGUCUACCACGAAGUAUUAUAAACAGUGCAUUCAAUGUCUCGACCAAUUCCACAGCACUUUUCCACUAAAAUGGCGCAAUGUAAACCAAUUUUUGCACAUUUAAAUCAACUAGUACUCAUUAACGAAUCAAUUUUACUGCUUAU